UCCUGUGUAGACAUCAUGGAGGGAACAAAGAUCGUCAAAAAUCAGUCCGAGCUCGACAGAGAGGUUCUUGCUAGAGAUGUAGACGAUACUUUGUGCUUUGUUUUCACCUCCACCAAACAGGGAGAAAAAUCGGGGAGUACCACUGAAGACCCGUGGUUCUACUCAGAUGAAGUCUUCAUCUCUAUGAGACAAAAAGCCAAAGCUUUCCAAGACUAUAGAAAAGCACAGAAGAACAACUACCGGAUCCGUUUCCUCAUCGCAGUCAUUCCAAAUGAGAAAUACAAAGGAGCAACUAUCUACCAUUACAAGCAGGGCAGACUGGUCAGUGAAGAUUUCUCAGGACCUGACCUUCAUCCUGAUCCUGAAAACAUCACUGACAGAAGAGAUCUGACUUGGUAUGCCUGUGAUCUCACCCUGGACCCAAACACUCUCAACAAUUACCUGGUUCUGUCUGAUGGAAACAAGAUGGCAACAAGUGGAUCAACAUGGCAUCAAUAUCCUGAUAACCCAGAGAGGUUUAAUGUACACACUCAGGUGUUCUGCCAAGAGGGUUUAUCUGCGCGCCAUUACUGGGAAGUUGAUUGGGAUAAUGCGUCUGCUACAAAAUCUAUUUAUGCAGCUGUUGCACACCGUGAAAUGAAAAGAAAGGGAGAUGGUAAAGAUAGCGAAUUUGGAAAAAAUGACCAGUCAUGGGCUUUUGGCCAGUGGAAAAAUAAUGCACAACAUGAACUCCGUGCAUGGCAUGGUGGAUAUAUAUGGCAAUAUCCUUUUCCCUCUGAUGGCUGCUCAACACUCGGUGUGUAUCUGGACUGGCCUGCAGGCACUCUGUCCUUCUACAAAGUCUCCUCCCACACACUGACACACCUCCACACCUUUCACACCAACUUCACUGAGCCUUUGUACCCAGGCCUCUGGGUUUACAAUACGGGCAACUACGCCUACCUGCGUCCUCUUUAAUAGGACCAAUGCUGGUGACUUGUUGGAUCCUUGGUAUGUUAAUAGAGGGAUGGGGUUACAAGUAUUCAAAGUAAAAAUGACAUCCAAUGUUAACUCGAACUUGUUUUAACACAAAUUCA